AUGGAGGACGUCGUGGUAUCUAUCCGCGCAGAGACUGUCUCCAUUAGAGCGGACAUUGCUUCCCUCCGCACGAAUAUUGUUCUGAUUGGAAGGGACCACAAGGACAUACAGAGACUCAUCUUCGAGUCCGCCGGUGCACAUGAAUUCCUAGUCGGCGACUUCGCAAGAGUCGAAUUAGUGGCUCUCAAGGUCGAUUCUUCAGCAAAGCGUCAGCGAUGUUUUGCGACAGCGUUCAGUUGCAGGAUUGGCCGCCGUCGCCUUCAAAUCUGCCGGAGUUGUAGAGAAAUCCGGACUUUCUGGCAAUGCUCUUUCAUUUCCAGACGCGCUGGGUUGAUUAAGGUCCCAAAUCGCAUCAACUUAGAUUGCAGAUCGAGGAGAUCGUUUGCUUCCUCCGGGAAAUACUAUGUAGUUGAUUCUGGUUACCCAUGCACAAAAGGAUUUCUGCCUCCGUAUCGUGGUCAAAGAUAUCAUCUACAAGAUUAUAGGGGUAACAAUCGGCAACUGCGUGGUGCAAAAGAAUUGUUUAACUAUCGGCAUUCAUCACUUCGCAAUGUCAUUGAACGUUGUUUUGGAGUACUAAAGGCUCGUUUUCCCAUUUUGAAGCUUAUGCCUUACUAUAAGUUGGUUAGACAACGACUCAUAAUAACUACUUAUUGCACGAUUCACAAUUUCAUUCGUCAAAAUAUAUUAGAUGAUUGUUUUUUUAUGGAGUAUGGGGAAAAAGAUGUUAGUGUCACUGAUGGGGGGAAUGAUAACAGUAGUAAUGCUGGUGUAUUGAAUGCACUUAAUUUAUCUAACGAUGGUGCAACGCAAAUGGGAGCCUUUAGAACUCAUCUGACAAAUCAAAUGUGGGCAUCAUUCAGAGGCAAUGGUUGAUGAAGUUAUUUUUAUAAUUCUCCAAUGUUUUGCUUUGAUUACCUAUUUAUAUAAUUCUCUAAUAUUUUGUUUUGGU